UCUGAUGCUGUUCAUACAGGUAACAUUGAGACAUUCCCUACAUCCAGAGAGCAACAGCAGGAAGAUCACAGACCUAAGAGGUCUCACCAAUGCCCACAUUGUAAGAAGAUUUUCCCAAUUCUUUCAAAGCUAAAAAUACACCUAAAAAUACACACAGGAGAGAAGUCGUACUCCUGCUCUGACUGUGGGUUGAGAUUCUCUCAACAGAGCAGCUUAAAAACACACCAACGUAUACACACAGGAGAGAAACCUUACUCCUGCUCAUACUGUGGGUGGAGAUUCUCUCAACGAAGCCACUUAAAAUCACACCAACGCAUACACACAGGAGAGAAGCCUUACUCUUGCUCUGACUGUGGAAAAUGCUUCACAACAUCAUCUGACCUAACAGUUCACCAGAGAACACACACAGGAGAGAAGCCUUUUUCCUGCUCUGACUGUGGGGGGAGAUUCUCUCGACGGAGCAGUUUAAAAAUACACCAACAUAUACACACAGGAGAGAAGCCUUACUUCUGCUCUGACUGUGGGAAAAGUUUCUCCCUAUUGGAUACUUUAAAAGCACAUGAACGUGUACAUACAGGAGAAAAGCCUUUUUCCUGCUCUGACUGUGGGAAGAGUUUUUCUCAACGGAGCAACUUAAAAAUACACCAACGUUUACAUACAGGUGAAAAGCCUUACUCCUGUUCGGACUGUGGAAAAUGUUUCACACAAUUUGAUACGUUAAAAUGUCACCAGCGUAUACAUACAGGAGAGAAGCCUUACUCCUGCUCUAAAUGUGGGAAGAGUUUCUCUCUACAGAGCAGCGUAAAAUCACACCAACAUAUACACACAGGAGACAAGCCUUACUCUUGCUCUGACUGUGGUAAAUACUUCCCAACAUCAUCUGCGCUAAAUGUUCAUCAGAGAACACACACCGGAGAGAGGCUUUCCUUCUGUUCUGACUGUGGAAAGAGUUUCUCUCAACACAGCAGCUUAAAGGAACACCAACGUUUACACACAGGAGAGAAGCCUUACUCCUGCUCUGACUGUGGGAAGAAUUUCACUCGACACAGCAGCUUAAAGAAUCACCAACGUAUACACACAGGAGAGAAGCCUUAUCCCUGCUCUGAAUGUGGAAAGAGUUUCACAACAUCAAGUGCUCUGACAGUUCAUCAGAGAGUGCACACAGGAGAGAAACCUUACUCCUGCUCUGACUGUGGGGGGAGUUACUCUCGACUGGGAAACUUACAAACACACCAUCGUAUACAUUCGGGAGAGAAGCCGUACUCCUGUUCUGACUGUGGGAAAUGCUUCACAACAUCAAGUGCUCUGAAAGUUCAUCAGAGAGUGCACACAGGAGAUAAUCCUUAAUCCUGCUCUGACUGUGGGGCGAGAUUCUCUCAACAGAGCAAUUUAAGCACACCAACGGAUACAAACGAGUGAAGCCUUUUGCAGAUUAAAAACAUUUUUUGCUGGAUUGACAAUGGACCCCUGUUUAAAGUAACCUCCCUUUUUGGUAACAAAAGGAGAGAAGCUUCAUCAGUUCUCUCGGACCAGCUAUGAUUAAAGUCACUCCAUCACUUAAUUCUCAUCUCAUAAAAUAAUUGGUAACAUUGAAUUGGAUCAAAUGAAGAAAGUGUAGAACACUCUAUUGUAAUCCUAUAGUUUCUCACUGUGAGAGAACAAUGCAGAGGAAAGGGAGUGUUCUAGAAUGUUAGCCUCUCUUUACUGAUCAGUGUGCACCUUGUCAGUUUUGGUGUGUUUUGUUAGCUUCUACUGUAAAGAUAUUGAGAUUACCUUGGGUUUGCCCUUAGCGUUGAAUAUACUGCUUCCGUCUGAAGUCGUCUGUGGGACUGAGAUAGUAGACACAACAUGUAUCAGAUAGAGAUGGUGUGAUCCGUUUUCUCCAUUCAUUUGGGUGGAUUAUUUUUUUUACUACUAAGGGACUGUAUGUUAUUUAUAAAAUGAGGGAUACCUGGAGCAAAUUGUAUCUCUGAAAUAAUAAUGUAUGCCCCUCCCUUCACUAAAAUAUAUUUUUCCCCGACCCUCUCUGAACACUUGGGGAAAAACAAGUGACUCUCCCCUAUACCCAAAAUUAUAAUUAAAAUAUAAAGUGGAUAGCAGAGAACAUGCCUAUUGUUUACCCUCACUCCUAGAACAGACCAGAGCCUUAGAUAUGCAGUUUUAGAAACAGUUCUUCAUUUUCUAAGCGUCACAUGUCAAAGGUUGUGGAUUCCCAGAACACUGUGUACGAGGUUGGGGUGAAAAUAUAUCUAUUAUAAUAUAAGCACUGCAUGAAUCUCAUCUUAUUUCCAUUAAAAAAAUGCCUUUUAGAAACUCAUUUCAUGCAAUUCUACAUCAUUUUACACGACUGGAGACAAUCCAAAUAUUUGUUUUUAUACCAGAACAGUGCAUGAUAAUUAAUGAGGCAUACUACAGCACCAAAGAGCUUUUGAUUUCUAUACACGGCUAUUGUUCAAAAAUAUUCUACAACGGGUUGGUCAAAACAAGCUUUGUGAUUGGUUGAGACAUGUUCUAAGCCAUUCUAAAAACACUGUUUGGCACAGAUGAUGCAAAAAUGGGAAUCUUGUUUCCUGUUCUGUCUGACAGAUCCCUGCUCAUCCACUGGCCCAUCAGCCCAGCCAGCCAAUUCAUUAACUUGAUCUCCACUGUAAAAGACAUCUAGACAUUAUUUCCCCUUGCUUUUUUGUUUGCAUCAGUGUUGUACAAACGUUGCUGUCUUUCUCUCAACAUUUGCAACAUUGUUUCAAUAUUGAAAUUCUAUAUGCACUAUCCUAUUGAGAAUGAACGUGUCAGGACGAGACUGACAUCUUGUCUCAGCCAGUUGAAAUCAUGAAUCUGCAUAAUCUUUGUGGAUAUAUACAAAGAAAUGUCCAUUUAAAACCAGGUCAAAUGAAAUUAAAAGCAGUUACUUUGCUGUUAUUCUAGCUGCAUGGUUUGAUGUGACUGUUAAUAGUAGUUGGCUAGCUAGCAGGCAAGGGAUAAGAGUGCUGCCAGACAGCAUGACAACGGAACAUUUAGAACUGAUGGAUUCUAUUAAAUGUAACAUGUUUCAAGUUAAACUGUAGUUAGUGUGUAUCCUGUUUAGUGAAUGAUUACUGUGAGGAUUAAUGGAGUUUAGGACAUGAAACUGUGUGUAUGCUAAUUUAGAAAUGUUGACCCAAUCAGAGAAGAGGAAAUUGCCUCGGAUCAGAGAGCAGGGUCAGGCCCAGAACAGAAGAUGGACGGGUUGGGAUUCUGACAUCUGGCUAAACAAAUCAAAUCAAAUCAAAUUUAUUUAUAUAGCCCUUCGUACAUCAGCU